AUGCCUGUGGAAAAGGAUUUGAAAAGUGCUUACAAAACCUUGUACGAUGAUAAAGAACCUUUGAAAGCUCUUCAUCUUUAUGAUGCGAUUCUGAAGGACUCUCCCACAAACCUGAUCGCUCUUAUUUUCAAAGCAGCAUGUCUUGAAAAACUCUAUUUUGGGUUUUCUGAUUGGCAUAACGAUGAAACCAUGGGGAAUGCUAAAGCUCUCUUAGACAAGGCAUUGAGAACGGCUGAAGGUAGAGGCAACCGAUCGAAAAUAGCCCUUGUUUACUUCCGUUACUUUGUUCAUUUCUUCAAUAACAAGGAUUAUGAACAGGCGUACUCAUACAUGGAGAAGGCCAAACAAUUCGGUUAUGUUGAUGGUACUUUGCCCCUAUGGGAGAGUCGUCUGGAAAUAAAAUUGAAAAGGAAAAGUAAGAAGCAGAAGGAUACUAGCACUACGGAUAUAGUUUCAACAGCAGAAAAUGCUGGAGACGAAAGGGAGAAAUUGCCAGUUCCUGGGAAAACAACUCUUCCCUUUGAAAGUGAGGUUGUUACGCAAAGUCAAGAACCCCCAAAGUUUAGAGUGGAUUGGUACCAAUCCAAUAACUCUGUUACUAUAUCCUUAUUCACUGCCAACCUUCCCGAGUCUAAAGAUAAGAUAAAUUUAAUAAUCUCUCCAAAGGAUGGAAGAAUGCUAUCAGUAUCGUAUGAAGUUCCGAUAAAUGGGUCUGAAUUCCAAUUCAAUGCUAAACUUUCUCACAAGGUAGAUUUACAACCACUCUCAUUAAAAGUUUUUUCGAAAAAGCUGGAAAUUACUUUAAGCAAAGCAGACAAAGUACAAUGGAAAAACUUAGAAGGAGACUCUCAAAAGGAAUUUUCAAGAGCUCCCAAGAUAAGCGAGAGUUUGGACUCUUCAGCAUUGACUGCAUCGGCAGAAACACUCUCGAAAGAGAUACUUUCUUAUCCAUCGUCUUCUAAAAAAAACAUAGACUGGUCUAAACUCGAUAUCGAUGAUGAUGAUGCCGGUGAAGAAGAUGCGGGAUCUCCUGAUGCCUUUUUCCAAAAGCUUUACGCCGGAGCUGAUCCAGACACUAGGAGAGCUAUGAUGAAAUCAUUUAUAGAAAGCAACGGCACUUCAUUAAGCACAGACUGGGAGGAUGUAUCUAAGGGUGAAGUCAAAACUUCACCUCCAGAAGGCAUGGAACCUAAACAUUGGUGA